AUUCGUUUAGAGGUACCUGUAAGAACACACAACACUUGCUGGAAGGCAUUUUUUUUUAUUUUGGUGUUUUUAUUGUUUCCUGCUACAAUUAGUACUUGUUACGUUAAUUUGAUUUUAUAUAAUUUCCCGCUAGAACUAGUCGUCAAUAUCUUAUGCAUGUUUUUCAGUUUUGUUGCUAGACACAUUUCCUUAAUUAAAAUCAAAAAGGAAACCAGCACUCCUUAAUUGUUGAUGAUACCAGACCGAUUUCAAUUGAGAUAGAAGGUGAAUGUGUAGAGAAUUGGGAGAUGAAGUGGAACGUCUGUUACACACUUUUCUUUACGAUUCUUCAAGUUUAUAAUGCAGUUACAACAGGAGAAAGUCUUUGUAAAAUUACACAUAAGAGAGAUGAGUGUGGAAACCGGGGUUGGUUGUGGAAUUGCAGGCACCUCAACUAUCGAAGGAUUCCUCUUGAUUUCAAUACAAUGUUUAAAGGCGAAACACUAUCAAUUGACCUUUCAUGGAAUAAGUUUACUUGGAUAUAAACAAAAACAUUUGCAGGCAUCAAAACAACUUUAUUAAGGAAUGUCUCAGCAUUAUAUUUGAAGAACAAUGCCAUAAAAUGUAUAGAUAGAUUUUCUUUCAGGCGUCUUCCUAGGCUGUGCGUUCUCGACCUUUCGUUUUGCAAAUUGAAUGUAUACACCCCAAGAAAGUGUGCAUUUUCGUAUCUGAAGAAAUUGAGAAUUCUCUACAUACAUGGCAAUGAAUUUUAUGGUCACGUUUUUAAUUAUACCUAUCCGGAAAACGAACUAUCACGACUAUCGUCUUUAACAGAAUUGCACAUCGACGUGUUUAAAGGAUUUACAUUCAGAAGCAAAUUCAAACGUUUAAAGCAUUUACGGAAACUUAAAUUUUACCCAAUUUCUAAAUUUUACUUAAACAACAACACGUUUAAUGGAUUAUCGGAAUCUCCCAUUGAUAAUCUGACAAUGAAAUUUGAUCAUCACGUACAAUGUAAUGUCAGUGAAGAUAUACUGUGCUCAUUUCCUUUUCUAAAGAGGACUACGAUAAGUUUUGGGGGUCUAUGCAAUUUGAAUGCUGUGCUAAAAACGUUAAAGUGCUUGCAAAAUCGAAAGAUUGAAAAAAUCAUCGCAGCCUCAAAUAUUCCAGCUCUUGUUAGACAACACCUCAUAUUAAAUGAAAGUAAUUCUAAAUAUCUCUUUAACGUGUGUGUCAAGUUUAUCGAUCUUAGUAAAAACUUGAUUACAAGCAUAUCUGUAAAUUUACUUAAAUCUACAUUUGGAAGAUGCAUUGAAUAUUUGGACAUUUCCCAAAAUCCUAUUGGGUAUAUUGAACCGUCCUUUGUGACAGAUUCCUUGCAAAAUUACCCUAAACUCCAGUAUCUCAUUGUUAAUCACAAAAAUGUGUGUAUUAGUGAUAUAACCAGCGGCUCAUUUCUAGACUAUUCAAUUUGGAAGUCAAAUAUUACGUUCACUCUUUCAAAUGUUUUGAAAGUAAUACGGUAUUCCAACAAUUAUAUGCACAGAGUACCUGCUCUUUAUCAGUUUCAGUUGACCAUUGUAGGUGAGGUUUUACAAGAGCUGGACCUGUAUGGAACAAGUUUUCCUUGUAGUAUGAUUUGGCAAAUGGACUUUCCCCACUUAGAAGUUUUGAACAUUUCCGACAAUGACUGCACCAAUAUUUCUUCCCAGAUUUUUAAACCCUUAAACAAAUUAAAGGUUUUGCGAGCGUCAAAAAUGAAAUCCGGUUUUAUAGCCGAAUCAAGCAAAAGAGCUUUAUUCGACAGUCUCAAAAACUUAGAACUCUUAGAUUUACAGGAUAAUUUUAUUCAUCAUUUUCCAACCACUUUAUUCAAAGAACAAACAAAGUUAAAGUUCCUUUACCUUAAUAACAAUUGCUUAUCAUCCAUUCCCAAAGCAGUGACACAUUUACGAAACCUCAAAGAAUUAUACAUUCAAAGUAACAAAAUCAAGUCAUUAGAAACAUCCGACUUUCGUGUACUUCGAAGUCUUAAAAGAGUAAACAUUUUCAUCCAAGGAAACAUUUUAGAUUGUGACUGUAGUCAUAUUUCUAUGCUUCGUUGGAUGAAGAAUAAUCAGAAUCUCUUUGCGGAUCUUAACAAAACCGAUUGCAUCGAAAAAUCUUCGAAUUUUUCAGAACUCCUUCAAGUAAGACAAUUUGCUAUUUUCGAAAAGAAAUGUCAAACUGGGGUGUGGUUGAUUACUUCUUCCUUGAUGUUGUUUUUUAUAAUAAUUGGACUGGUGAUUAGAAUUGCUAUCAAGAGAUAUCGUGUGCAUGUUGACUAUGUCGUUUUACGUCUGCGUAACAGAUGGAAAGGCGUGGUACGUUCAGAUGAGAGUAACACCUUCCAGUUUGAUGCUUUCAUAUCGUACUCUGAAGAUGAUUACCAGUUGGUUUGCACAACAAUGUAUCAAGCGCUGACAAAUUUAGGAUUUCAAAUUAGCAUUCCCGAUAAAGACUUUAUUCCUGGAGUGAAUAAAGCUGAACAGCUGGUGCAGGGUAUUGACCACAGUCGGAAAGUUGUCUUUGUCAUCACAGAAAAUUUCCUAGACAGUGGUUGGAAUUCGUACGCCAUCCAGAUGGCGGUGACCCAUGCUUUUCAUAACCGUCGAAAACGAUCCAUCAUAGUGAUUAUCAAGGACAACAUUCCAAUAGAAAGAAUGCCGAAAGACUUGCGGUAUAUCUGGUGGUGCAUAUUCAGUAUAAGAUGGCCAGAGGUUCGACAGGUACAAGACUUAGACAGCUUUUGGGAAGAUGUUGCAGCUGCCUUACGAUCACCGUAAAUUAAAUCUUUCAAUGAGUUGACAUAGAAGAUCUACAGAAUCGACUCAAUGCAAUGCCAAAUGAUUUACCGUUUGUAGAAAGAUUAAUUGUAUUUUUGUCUUAAUUGUAUAAUGAUCCAUUGAUUUAGUUUUGAUCAUAAUGCAAUACAAUUGUAUAAGGGUUUUUUUUUGUCACAGUGAAAUAUGUAUGAUUCAUUUUAUUGUUCGUAUCACAAUGCAAUUGCGUAAUUGUCUAUUAUGUUUCGUGGAUUUAUUUGUUCUUAUACUCAUUUAAAGCUGUGUGGUCUUAUGUUCAUCUGAGAUUUUUUUUUGCAAUGAUUUUUUUAAUGCAGCUUAAUUAGUUUUAAAAGAUAUUAACUUUCCCUAAAUGAAUGGUUGAAAAUAUUUACAUGUAAAUGAAAAAAGUUAGAAUGUUUAGAAAAUACACAUAGUAGGAAUAUGUACGUAAACUUGCCACUCGUAGUGGGGACUUCUCCGCAUGUGUAUGAAAUUUGAUUCAAGUAGUGAAGCAUAGAGUCUGGUUAUGUAGAUGUAUCAUAUCAAGAUAAUUUUUCUUCGUUUUCCAAGCGUUUGAUCUGCUCUGUUAAACAUUAUAUCAUUUCUCACAGAUUUGACGAAACUGUCCAUAUUUAGGUUUGAAAUGAAAGGUAAAGAUAACGAUUAGUGAUCAAUCUCAUAAUUCCUAUAAGUAAUACACAUAGAGAGUUGGACAAACAUGGACCCCUGGAUAUACCAGAGUUGGUAUCAGGUGCCUAGCAUAAAACAGCAAAUAUGUUUUUAAUUAUUACUAUGAGACAUGGUGUACAUUUGUUUCUCUUAAACAAAAACGUGAAACACUUAUGACACGUGCUGUAAUACCGAAUUCAUGGCUUUACACCGAGUAAACCUGCCAUUGAUCUUUCCUCUGGAGGUCUGAACUGGGCCUCCAAUCUCAACUUCCACUUGAUUUAUUGUCUGAUUAUGCGUUAGAAAUGGCCGAGUGACACCUGUUUGUAAACAUUAAUUUCAAACUAAAUUAUUCUGGCUAAAACAGGUGGAAUAAUGUAAAACAUUUCGCACUUCUUAAUAGACACGUGCGCAUGAUAAUCAAAGAGUAUUUUUACAAGGUGGACAGAAUUUGUCGAAAGUCGGACCACAUGACUUUAAGUAUGCUUUGAAUAACAAAUCGAUCUGUCAUUGUAUAUAAAUCUAAUCAUCUGUACCUAACAUACUGAAUAUGCUGUUGUAAAUAAAGGUUAAGUUGAACAUUA